CAUUUAAGAAAGACUUUAAAAAGGUCAAAGUCUUCUUCUCCACAUAGACAAUGCACUAAAUUUGUGUGAACACGAAAUACGGUACCUAAACGAUAAAAAUAAAGAGGAUAUACUAGACAGAACCCGAUAACCAAGACAAAUUAGCGAUGACUAUUCUACCUAGAUUUAUUCCCUGUAUUUGAGGUUCAAGAACAUAAAGUUUUGCACUCACCACCUCCACAGAGCAAGAGAGAUACUAAAAUGGCAGAAACUGCUUUGUCCUUGGCUCGUAAGUAUGUGUUUCCAAAACUUUUGGAAGCUGUCAAUAUGAUAAGAGAUCUCCCAAAAGAAGUUGACGACCUUACAGAUGCACUUGAAACCUUUCGGUAUUUCAUCAAUGAGACAGAAGAAGUGGUUGAAGCUGAAGAAGAUAGCAAUAGGCGUGAUAGAAUGAGUACAAGGUUGAUGAAGAUGAGAGAAGCAACCUUCCGCAUGGAAGAUGUCAUCGAUGACUAUGUGAUAUGUGGCGAAAACCAACCUCAAGAAGAUCCUCGAUGUGCAGCUUUACUCUGUGAGGCUGUUGAGUUCAUCAAAACUCAAAUCUCUCGCCUUCAAAUAGCACACAAGAUUCGAGAUGUCAAAUCACUUGCUAGUGCUGCAAAAGAUGGUUUUGAAACCCAUUUUCCUUCAAAAAAAAGUCCAAGCAAUUCUGAAAGAAACCAAAACGGCAAUUGGCAGAAACUGCGAAAGGAUGCUCUUCAUGUUAAGGAAGAUGAGGUUGUGGGGCUUGAUGGUCCAAGAACUAUAUUGACAAAUUGGUUGACAAAGGGACGAAAUGGGCGCACUGUGAUUUUUGUUGUAGGCAUUCCAGGAGUUGGAAAAACCACUCUUGCCAAGCUAGUUUUUGACAAGGUCCGUAACGACUUCGACUGCCAUGCAUCAAUCAGAGUCUCUCAAUCCUACAAUGUAGAAAAACUGUUGAGGGAUAUGAUUCACCAACUUUGCAAGGCAAGUAAGGAAGAUCCUCGACGGAAUGUUUCUGAGAUGGGCCAAGCUUCUUUGAUAGAGGAAGUAAAAGAUCUUUUGCACAAGAAGAGGUAUGUUGUCUUGUUUGAUGACCUAUGGAAUGAAAAUUUUUGGAAUGACAUUGAAUCUGCUCUAAUUGAUGAUAACAAUAAAAGUAGAAUAAUAAUCACAACAAGGCACGAGGAGGUUGCGGUCUUCUGUAAGAAAUCUUCUUUUGUUGAAGUGCAUAAGCUAGAAAAACCUUUGAGUGAAGAUGAAUCUUUCAGAUUGUUCUGUAGGAAGGCAUUUAUGUAUGGUUCUUCUGGAGGCUGUCCAGAAGAACUCAAAGACACAUCUCUUGAAAUUGUUAGGAAGUGUAAAGGUUUACCUCUAGCAAUUGUGGCCAUUGGUGGAGUCUUGGCCCAGAAAGAUGAAAACCCACAUGAAUGGAAACUGGUUAAUCAAAAUCUAAGUUUGGAGGGGAAUUCAGAAUUGAACAUUAUAACAAAAAUAUUAGGCUUAAGUUAUCAUGAUUUACCCAUAAAUCUCAAAUCCUGUUUAUUGUAUUUCGGAAUGUAUCCGGAAGACUGCGAAAUUGAAUCAGAUAGGGUGAUUAGGCAGUGGGUGGCUGAAGGAUUUGUCAGACAUAAAACCGGAAAAACAUUAGAAGAAGUUGCAGAAGAAGAUUUAUUAGGGUUGAUCCGUAGAAAUUUGGUGCAAGUAUCUUCAUCUAGCAUUGAUGGGAAAGUUAAAAGAUGUCGUGUACAUGACUUAAUACAUGACAUGAUCCUCAGAAAAGCGAAGGAUAGUGGGUUUUGUGGGUAUAUUGGUAGAAAUGAUGAAUGUGUGUCAAGUGGGAUUGUUCGACGUCUGAUAAUUAUUGCAAAGGAUGAUUUAAUUGGAAGUGUUGAAAGCUCACUCAUUCAAUCAAUUGCUAUCAAUGAAGGAAGGAGUAGGAAAUUGACUGAGAACUUCGUAUUGGAAUUCCUUGGAGAUUACACGUUAUUAUUGAGUGAGGACUUGGUAUGGAAAAUCCUUGAAAAUUACACGUCAUUGAAGGUACUUGACUUUGAAGGUGCUCCUUUACCUUGUGUUCCUGAAAAUUUGGGGCAUUUAAUCCACUUGAGGUAUCUAAGCUUCAGGGGGACGGGGUUAGAAAUUCUUCCAAAAUCCAUUGGUAAACUCCAGAACUUGGAGACCUUGGAUAUACGGAAGACAGAUGUGCAUUAUAUUCCAAGGGACUUUUACAAACUCAGUAAGUUACGUCAUUUUCUGGCUGACAAAGUAUCUAAAAUUGAAUGGAGGUAUAUUGGAGGCAUGACAUCCCUACAAACGAUACCUCCAGUGUCUAGAUGUUAUCAUGCAGAUGACAUUGGAGAGGUAGCGAAGCUAAAGCAGUUAAGGGUUCUGAGGGUGCUUGUUUCAGAUACAAAUCUCGUGAAGAGUCUGUGUUCUGCAAUAAAUGAGAUGCAACAGUUGGAGGAACUACAUAUUGCAGUAGAUUAUUAUAUCAGCGAAGUGAUUGAUUUGAACAUUACAUCACCUUUGGCUAGACUUAGGAAGCUUUUCCUCGACAUGAAGUUAAAAGGAUUACCAGAUUGGAUUCCCCAACUCCAAAAGCUUGUGAAAUUGAGCUUGUGGCGCACUGGCUUAGCUAAUGAUGAGUUGCAAUCACUAAAAGAUAUGCCUAGCUUGUUGGUCCUCCACUUAUGGUUCGCUUUAGAAGGUGAAACUCUGCAUUUUCAAUGUGGAGGGUUUCAGAAACUAAAAAAACUGCAUCUCAAUUAUUUGAGUAACCUGAAUUCCAUCCUUAUUGAUAGAGGAGCACUGCAUUCUUUGGAACACAUGAGGUUAAAAGGCCUCCUUAAACUCAAAACAGUACCUGAUGGCAUUCAACACUUGGGGAAUCUGAAACUUGUCGAACUCACGUCUAUGCCAACUGAAUUUAAGAAGAAGAUUGUUCCCAUUGCAGAACAACAGCACUGCGUCGUACAAUAUAAGACCAGACCUAGACUAUCCGCUACAUGGAAGAAACAUGGGAAAUAAAAGGAAGAUAUUCAAAAUUGUUAACAACUUACGAACAGAGAGAGAGAGAGAGAGGAGUUGUUGUUUAUCUGAGUUUUGAAGAAUGAGACCCUAUAUAUCAUUCUCAUUACGUGCUAGCACAACGGCUUGGUAAAAUGGCAAGUCAAUUCUUACAAGUUACAUAUGCGUCCUGCCUCCAUUUUUUGGCUUACUUGUAAGUUGUUAUGUUGUAAUGUCUCAUCAUUUAUUAUUUGAUCACCUCUGUAUACAGCUUGAACUGUAGAAUAUUCUCCGGCACCAUGCAAUAUUUCAGGUUUUUUUGUUGACAUUUGGCAUGUGCGCGGUAGCAAGUUAAUGAUUGCGCACAAAAUGUAUGCUAUGCACAUUGCGUUUUGGAUAAAUAAAGGAAAUGGAUUUUUCUAA